AUGAGCUCCACGCAGUUCAACAAGGGCCCCUCGUACGGGCUCUCGGCCGAGGUCAAGAACCGGCUUCUGUCCAAGUAUGACCCUCAGAAGGAGGCGGAGCUCCGAACCUGGAUUGAGGGACUCACAGGCCUGUCGAUUGGUCCCGACUUCCAGAAGGGUCUCAAGGAUGGGAUUAUCCUGUGCACACUCAUGAAUAAGCUGCAGCCGGGCUCAGUCCCCAAGAUCAACCGCUCCAUGCAAAACUGGCACCAGCUAGAAAACCUCUCCAACUUCAUCAAGGCCAUGGUCAGCUACGGCAUGAACUCUGUGGACCUGUUCGAGGCCAAUGACCUGUUUGAGAGUGGAAACAUGACACAGGUGCAGGUGUCUCUUCUGGCUCUGGCCGGGAAGGCCAAGACUAAGGGGCUGCAGAGUGGCGUGGACAUUGGCAUCAAGUACUCAGAGAAGCAGGAGCGGAACUUUGAUGACGCCACCAUGAAGGCGGGCCAGUGUGUCAUCGGGCUCCAGAUGGGUACCAACAAGUGUGCCAGCCAGUCAGGCAUGACAGCCUAUGGUACAAGAAGGCAUCUGUAUGACCCCAAGAACCAUAUCCUGCCACCCAUGGACCACUCAACCAUCAGCCUGCAGAUGGGCACCAACAAGUGUGCCAGCCAGGUGGGCAUGACGGCUCCUGGGACCCGGCGGCACAUCUAUGACACCAAGCUGGGGACCGACAAGUGUGACAAUUCCUCCAUGUCUCUGCAGAUGGGCUAUACCCAGGGUGCCAACCAGAGCGGCCAGGUCUUUGGCCUGGGCCGGCAGAUAUAUGACCCCAAGUACUGUCCACAAGGCCCAAUGGCUGACGGGGCUCCAGGGUCAGUGGGCGACUGCCCGAGCCCAGGGAAGGCCCCGGAGUACCCUCCAUACUACCAAGAGGAGGCAGGCUACUGA